AUGACUACCCCAACGCCGAAAAACUCCCUCAGCGAAGUGAGGACUUCUCUUGAAAAUAGAGAUAUUGAGAAAGAGAAAGAAAAACUGGAAAUGCCUUUCGAUUGUGGCAAUGUUGGUUUCUCCGCGGCGGAAUCUCAACAGACUGAAGCUCAAAUCUUCGUUGAAACCGAAGUUCUUGAAUCAAAGGAUGUAGAAGACCGCACUUCUGGUUCUUUUCAGGAGCUAGACGAUGAAGGCAGAUUCCUCCAUGGAUGGUCUCUCGCAACUCUCAUGACUGCACUCAUGGCAGCUGUGUUCAUGGUAGCUUUGGACAGUAGCAUCAUCGCGACGGCAAUACCACGCAUCACAUCGGACUUUGGCCGCCUCUACGACGUUGCUUGGUAUGGCAGCUCUUACCUGCUUACACAAAUGUCAAUGCAACCUACAUUUGGUAGGAUCUUCACAUUCUUCAACAUGAAGUGGACUUACAUCGGGGCGUUUCUGAUCUUUGAAGUUGGUUCAAUCAUAUGUGCCGCUGCUUCAACCUCCACUGUUUUCAUUAUCGGUCGAGCUCUGGCAGGUGUUGGUGCAGCGGGGAUGUUUUGUGGCGGACUUUUGAUAAUUGCUCACGCCGUGCCGAAAAUCAAGAGGCCUUUGUAUAUGUCAACGGUUUCUACUAUGUAUGGAAUUGCCGCUGUUGCGGGGCCAUUGCUCGGUGGUUUGAUAACGGAUUCUAAGAAGUUGACGUGGAGGUUUUGCUUUUGGCUUAAUGUCCAUAUCAACUCACGUUAUGUAGCUUUCGGUGUCCUGGCCAUGGUUGGUCUCAUUUGGAUAUUCAAAGAACCAAAAACACCUCAUUCAGAUCUUACAUACUGGCAAAAGAUUGUCAAACUUGAUUUUUUGAGCGCAUUCAUUUUGACUGGGUGCCUCGUAUGCCUACUCCUCGCUCUCCAAUAUGGUGGUCUCGUCUAUCCUUGGUCGGAUGCGCGGGUUUGGGGGUGUCUAUUGGGGUUUGCGUUACUCACCAUUGUCUUUGUAGGUAUGCAAUACUACAAGAAAGAAAAUGCCGUAAUCCCAAUCCGGAUCAUCUCCCAACGCACAGUAGCCAUAAGUUUCCUUUUCAAAGCAUUUCUUCAAGUAGCAAUGAUGGCGCAGGCUUACUACGUACCAAUCUACUUUCAAGCCGUUCGUUCCCUCAGUGCCCAAGACUCGGGCCUACGCACUCUGAUCUUCGGCGUAACAAUAGCCAUCGCCACCCUAGCAGCCGGCUAUCUUGUAACAAGAUUAGGGUACUACGUCCCCUUCAUGAUUAUCGGAGCCGCUAUCUUCGCGCUUGGCUCCGGUCUUCUCACCUCCCUCAAGCUUGAUAGUGGACCAGAGAAAUGGCUGUCGUAUCAAGUUGUUGCGGGCAUCGGCUAUGGUAUUCCGUCGCUUAUGCCGUUCUAUGCUUUGCAAGCUGUGUUGUCUGAUGAAGACGUGCCUACUGCCAAUGCUCUCAUAAUGUUUUCGCAAUGCUUGGGAGGGUCCUUGGGGUUAAGUAUAGCGCAGAAUAUAUUUUCCUCGGAGCUUGUUAAGGGGUUGAGGGGCAUUGAAGGUGUGAAUGUGCAGAUGGUUGUUGAUGCUGGGGCCUCGGAUGUGGUGAGGGUUGUUGAGGGUUUGGGAGUUGAGGUUGUACAGAAGGUUUUGGAGGCGUAUAAUGGGGGAUUGACGAAAGCGUUUUGGUUAGCGGUUGCUGGGGCAGGGUUAGCUAUGAUGUGCAGCUUUGGGAUGGAGAAUAGCAGUUUGAAAGGAAAGAAAAAGUAA